AUGCCUGCGGAUGUCUUGGCCCCGGGAGCUUUGCACUUCUACGAUGCUGUGACUGCCUUUCGAGUGGGAGCAAGUGACCGCCAGUUGCGAAACACGCUGAAGCAGCAGCUGACAGGCAUCAAAAUCGCCUUGCGACGCAAGCGUUUGCAGCCCGAAGUGACAGCUGCCUUGGCCCAAUCUUUGGGAACCCUGGAGUGCUUGAAAGAACUGAAGGCGGACAUCAGUUUCAGCUCCAUCGGUGAAGAUGGCGCGCGACAGUUGGCACAGGCAGUGGGCUCUCUUCAACGAUUACGUAGCCUGGAGCUCCUUUUGGGAGGUGCUGGACUUGGGUAUGCUGGAUGUGAAAAGCUUUCGGAGGAAAUCGGCACGCUGCGGGGCCUGGAAAGACUGAAGUUGGAUUUGAGCCUGAACGACAUCGGCGACACAGGGCUGCGAGAGGUGUCAAAGUGUGUCCGCUCUCUCCACCAGCUGCGAGCUUUGGUCCUAGACUUGAACCGCAACCGAGUGGCAGAUCCAGGAAUCGGAUGCUUGGCCCAAGUGGUGCUGGAGUUGCCCACGCUGACAGACUUUGAAGUCAUGCUCUUUGACAACAGAGUGGGGGAGGAUGGAGCCCGGCAAUUGGCAACCGCCAUGCGCAGUGCGAGGCUGUCAAGGUUGGUCCUGGGACUUAAUAGAAAUGCGGUGUCAGAGGCCGGGGUGCAGGACAUAGCCCAUGCAGUGACGUCGCAGAAGCUACGAGAUUUGGAGCUGGACCUUAGUGUCAGCAGUGUGGGUUGGGCAGGUGCCCAUGAUCUUGGCAUGGCAAUUUCUUCGCUUGAGGGGCUUCAAAGCUUGACGCUCGAUCUCAACGUGAACCACGUAGGUUCUGCAGGUGCUCGUCUCUUGGCGCAGGCUAUCUCAGCGCAACAUUCCCUUGUCAGCCUACGUUUCCUGGCCUCUGGAAACCGCAUUCGUGAAGUGGGUGCACGCGAACUGUCACAGGCGCUGACGUCAUUGAGACGCCUCAUCACCUUGGAGCUGGAUGUUAGUGGCAAUGGCAUAGGUGAUACUGGAGCAUGCGAGCUGGCACGUGCCAUGGGCUCCCUGGGAAAAUUGAGCAGGCUCGUUGCCGACUUGCGCGGGAACCUCGUGGGAGAUCAUGGGGAGCGUGAGCUUGCCCGUGCGGUGGGUGAUUUACCCAAGCUGGAGCGCUUGGAGUUGCGCCUGGCUGGAAACUGCAGAACCGGGGUCGGGCCAUGGCAUCAUGAGCUGAAGAACGCUGUGCAGAAGUUGCAGACUGGUGGCUGCAUUUGCGAUUUCUCUUAUUGA